CCUAAAGUGAAACCCGCAGAAACCCGGUCCAGGGUGCCAUCUCGAAAUCACUGGCACUUGGCAGGCAGUCAAAAAGAUGGGACAACCGUUGAAGGUUCUCCGGAGACCACGACCAAUCAGAACAGUUGUUCCUCUCACCCGGUUGAAGGAUAAGCACAACGGGUUGAACGCUCAGUGGACUUCAGAGUUCAGGCAAGGCUGAGAUCGGCGUCACCAUAGCAAUGCCGUACUCGAUGCUGACCGCUGCAUGGAUGGAGGGACAUGGGCGUUUGUUAUAAAUGGCCGCUGUUUCAAAAGCGGACUAAACAAGAAAAAUGGCCCUGUUACAGGCACAUGGUGCACGCAGCAAGGGAAAAAGAAAAAACGCACUAAAAUAGCCACCACGCUAUCUCAGAAGUUCAGAACAUUCGAAAGGGCCCCAGAACCCGUGGCUCCAGCACCUGGCAUUGCAUUGGUGCUCGCAUACAUGGGAUGCCGGAUUCCGGAUUUCUCAUCCACAUCCCUUACUCUGGAUGGACUCUGUAGAUACACCAUUGAGUCUAGCUAAUUCGUCGGUUCGGCAUCGAUUCCGAGGAUAGGGUUAGGUGAGUACGUAAACUAACCAGGCACAAGCAUUUGGAUAGCCCACAGUAGAUUGUGUCUGCCUGGGGCCGAUUGUAUUUGAGGAUCAAUGGUCUCCUUUGCAAAGCUCAUAGUCUGUGGAUGUGAACAGGAAUGGAUCUCCCUGGCUUGAAUCGAGGAUGUUGACCAUGGAAAGCUGUUGAUACUCAGCGUCCUGUGUCAGGAUCCAAGGAGUCGAGCCAUGGAUCUGGUG